CUUGUGUCUACUUUCAGAACUGAGCGACAUGCGACGCUAUUCCCGAUAAGUCUAUUGAGGACGCUUGAAACUAGAGAACGACUUCCAUCAUGAGUGGUAUCCAGAACGAGUCGUUUGUUAUGUCAGAACCAGAGGAUGAUUCUAGGCUCACCAAACGCCGAUCGAACGGUUUUUCGACGGUUGUGGAGAAUGUACCAUCGCUAUCGUACCCGAAUGGCGAGGAAGGCUUUGUGGAGCACCGGACGAACGGAGGUAACCGCGAGGACGAAACCGAGCGACAACCCUCUGCGCCUUAUGGCAGUGCUUGGCUCUUGGCUAUGGCCCAAGCCCUUGAGCGCCAUCGGCAGCACAUCCAACUGGCCAUCUACGUUCUGCUCAACGUGGUGGUCGUAGUUUUCUUCGGAUUCGCCACCAAUUAUUAUCUAGAGUUCGAGCAAGAUGAUUGUGGCAUGCAGUGGUGCGAUGGUUAUGGAUUCCUGGUAUUGCUGGUGGGAUUCGUCUAUCUAGGACUACUGUACUAUCAUGUGGUGAAACCGUUGCUAUCGGAACACUUCGAAUCGUGGGUCGUUAAACCGGUGUCCAGAACGGUAACGAACUUCUUCAAGCCAUGGUACACUCGAAUGGGAGCGGUAUGCCUGGUACUCGUCGGGUUUGCGUUGUUUGUGUAUUUCGAAACCCGUGACCAAACCGAACGACUCAUGUCACUAACCGGGAUGGCGUUUCUGCUGGUUUUGUCCUUCGUGCUGUCGAAGCAUCACACCAAAGUGAACUACCGGCCGGUCGUGCUGGGCGUCAUCUUCCAGUUCCUGCUAGGUAUCUUCUGCAUCCGCUGGGAGGUUGGUCGCAGUAUAUUCGAGUGCUUCGGCAAUAAGGUGGCCACUUUCCUCAAUUACACCGGCGAGGGGGCAUCAUUCGUAUACGGCCAGGUGCUAGUGGGUAGCGGCGAGAACGAGUAUGCCAUCUUUGCGUUUUCCGUCCUGUCGGUGAUUUACUUCUUCAGCUUCUGCAUCUCAAUCCUAUACUACCUCGGGGCGAUGCAGUGGAUCGUGCUCAAACUGGGUUGGAUUUUGCAGUCGAUUCUCGGUACGACCGUUUGCGAAAGUGUGAUCGCCGCGGCCAACAUUUUCCUCGGCAUGAGCGAAUCCCCGUUGCUGGUGCGACCGUACCUGAAGGACCUUACCCACUCCGAACUGCACUCGAUCAUGACAUCCGGAUUUGCGACCGUCUCGGGCACCGUGCUGGCGGCGUACAUUUCGUUCGGUGCCAAUCCGGCUCACCUGAUCACGGCCAGUGUGAUGGCCGCUCCGGGCGCCCUGUGCAUCACCAAGCUGAUCUACCCCGAGACGGAGGAGAGCAAAACGCGAUCGGAUAACAUUCAGAUGGAGGAUUCCACCGAUUCGUCCCUGUUGGAUGCCGCCAGUAACGGUGCAAGUGCAGCCACGCCACUUGUGCUCGGGAUCAUCGCCAACUUGGUGGCGUUCGUGGCGUUUAUUGCCUUCAUCAACGGACUGCUGGGAUGGUUCGGAUGGCGUGUUGGUUGGGAGGAUGUUUCGUUGGAGAACAUUUUCGGCGCUGUCUUUCGACCACUGGCAUACGUGAUGGGUGUCCCGUGGGGGGAUAGCUACUACGUGGGCAAAGUGAUCGGCAUCAAGAUGAUCGUGAAUGAGUUCGUGGCGUUCGAACGUUUAGGAGAGUUUAUCAAGGAAGAAGUCAUCUCGCCCCGAUCGUCAGCCAUCGCAACGUACGCCGUGUGUGGUUUUGCCAAUCCCAGCUCAAUGGGCAUUAUGAUCGGUACAUUGAGUGCGAUGGCACCCGACAAGCGGAACGUCAUCACAUCCGUGGCGUUUCGAGCGUUUCUGGCCGGCUCCAUCGUGUGCUUCAUGACGGCCAGCAUCGGUGGACUUCUGAUGGAUGAGACGGUAUUUAAUAAUUUUGGUAAAUCCGCUUCGUUGGUGCCGUUGCCGUCGAACGGUACGAUAGGGCCCGUCUGA